CUUACGUGUCGCUAUCCAAAUCGGUUUAAAAGUGCCCUAAGCGUUUCUUUUUAGACCCCCCAAAAAAAAAAGAAGAAGAAAAAGAACAAAGCAAACGUCGCGACGGAGAGCGAUGGAGGAAGAGGAGCACGAGGUUUACGGGGGAGAGAUUCCCGACGUCGGAGAGAUGGACGGUGACAUGGAGGCUCCUAAUCCUGAUAUGGAGAUGGCUGCUGCCGACGAGGAUGCUGCUAAGGAGUUGGAUGAGAUGAAGAAACGAUUGAAGGAGAUGGAGGAUGAAGCUGCUGCUCUUCGUGAGAUGCAGGCCAAGGUUGAGAAGGAGAUGGGAGCUCAAGAUCCUGCUACUCUAGCAGCAAAUCAAGCAGGCAAGGAGGAGGUUGAUGCUCGGUCUGUUUUUGUUGGCAAUGUUGAUUACGCUUGUACACCUGAAGAAGUGCAGCAACAUUUCCAAUCAUGCGGGACUGUCCAUCGGGUGACAAUUCUGACAGACAAGUUCGGGCAGCCAAAGGGAUUUGCGUAUGUCGAGUUUGUGGAAGUUGAUGCUAUACAGGAGGCUCUACAACUGAAUGAAUCAGAGUUACAUGGUCGUCAACUAAAGGUGCUGCCUAAGAGAACAAACGUUCCUGGAUUGAAACAGCACCGUGGUAGACGAUUCAACCCGUACAUGGGCUACCGGUUCCGCAGACCUUUCAUGUCUCCGUAUAUGUAUUCUCCAUAUGGAUAUGGGAAAGCGCCUAGGUUCAGAAGGCCAAUGCGUUACAUGCCAUACCAAUAAAAAAAGCUUUUCAUUGGCUUAAAAACAAAGAGCGGAUUCGUAAUAUGGCUUAUGUCCAUCUUUUGUUAAGCUUUCUCUGUGACUUGUUCUCUCCUGUUUUUUAUAACUUGGCUCGUAAACAUUUUAAGAAUCUUGACUGGUAUUUAUAAGUUUCAUAUCGUUUGAUAUGAAUCAUAUAUAUGAUUAUAAAUUAUGGCCA